AUGCCCUCCCUAGAUCCUGAAGCGCAACACCUCUCACCAAGAGAUUUUGACCUCGACCCCGAUCUCAAUGACGACGGUCCCACCGCAGUCCCAUCUCGUUCACCCUACCACUUGCCUCGGAGUGAACAACUGCGCGGUGUAGCCAACAGAAUACUGUUCAGUCGGUAUUAUAUUUUGUUCUAUGGGGCUAUGAUGGGGCUAAGUUUGGCGACGCUGGUGCUCAGCCUUAUAGCGACGCACAAGGGCGACUGUCCACCGAUCGCAUGGCAUAUUAUUGAGGUCAUACUCAACGGCUUGAUGGUCCUCGAGGUGACAACGAGGUGGUUUGCGAACGGCAAGAAAUUUCCCAUAACAUUCCUCAACAUUGUCGACCUCGCCCUGUUGGCAUUCUGCCUCUUCACCCUCCUCCUCGUCUUCUUCUCUCCUUGCUCCUCAUCCACCCGCUCAGAAGAGAUAUUCGACACCAUCCUCCUGGUCGGACGAAAUGCCAUCCAAUUCCUCCGUCUUGGCGCGAUUCUCAGACGGUCGGGGCAUUCGUGGAUGAAUCCGCCCAAAGCAAUCGAUCUCAGCCGAGCUAGAGAGGUGGACUUUGAUUGGGAGGAUGAAGAGGAUACGGAGAGGCGGGUUAAUGAGGGCGGACUUGGAGGGAGGAGCUUGGUAGGGAGUGGAGGGGGGCGAGGAGGGUAUGGUAGAGUGUCACAGGAGGAGAGGAGAGUGGGGACCGGGGUGCAGAACAAUGUGGGAAGGGAAGGGCUGAGUGCGGACGAUGAAGAGCUGUGGGAUAGAUUAUAG